AGGAAGCGCGGGGCGGAAACCAAGAUGGCGGCGCACAGGCUGCGGGGUUUGUGUCAGGCGCGGGUGGGGCUUCUCGCCGCCCGGUUCUCGCAGUGGGACAGCGGGACCGAGUACCGCAGCGCACACAGCCUGGACAAGCUGUACCCGCCGCGGCGGGACGGAGCCGGUGGCGGCGGCACGGAGCAGGAGCAGAAGCCGCCAUCCGCGCUCGACAUCCCCCUGGCUCGUCUGACCGUGUCCUACAGCCGGAGCAGUGGCCCAGGAGGGCAGAAUGUUAAUAAAGUGAAUACCAAGGCUGAGGUUCGGUUCCACCUGGCAUCAGCAGAGUGGAUCCCAGAAGCUACAAGACAGAAAAUGGCACUGAUGCACAGGAAUAAGAUAAACAGAGCUGGGGAGCUGAUUGUGAACUCUGAGGAGAGCCGGUACCAAAUGAGGAACCUGGCAAUUUGUCUGGAAAAAAUCAGAACCAUGGUGACAGAGGCCACUGAGAAGCCCAAGGUGGUGUCCAAGGAGACUUCACAGAAACUCAUAGAGAGGGUGGAAAAAAUGAACCGUGAACGACUACGACAGAAAAAGAUACACUCAAGUAUAAAGCAGAGCAGGAAGGCAGACUUUGACUGAGAACAGCAGAGAUCAAAGUCUCUCAAACCAUCUUUAUAAAGAAAUGGCCUUGGCAGCUGUAGAUGAUGCUAAACUCGGAAACUAUAUUGAGUAAAAAUGGACUAAAAGUGUAAAUAAAAAUAUUUAACAUC